GUCGCCUCGAAUGCAGACGUACUCAUCAUGCUCAUCUGCGCAUGAGUAUACAUAGCAUACUUAUGGUAACGUUAUUACAUUUACGCUGUGACAAGACAUUUCAGAGGAAAAAUAUAAGAUACGUGUGGAAGAUUUUAAAGCAUUUUCCCGUUUUAGGGCGUCUAUUAAAAAAAACAAAAUACCAUCGUCUACACAGGAACGAAUAAUAAUUUGUUUUAAAGGAUUAAAACAUCGCGAGACUGACAACAAUGUUUCGCUCUAUCCGCUGUGUUGUUAACAGUACAAGACUUGGAUCACGACACUGUACGGGCUCCGGCUCACUGGAGACAAAGUACCAACGGGUGGCAGAUUACUACGCAGGUAAAUCGGUUUUCGUCACUGGAGCAACAGGGUUUGUUGGAAAGGUAUUUAUCGAAAGAUUGCUUUCCAAUUGCAAGGAUAUUGAAAAUGUGUUUGUCCUGAUUAGACCAAAGCACGGCGCAGAUACAGGAAAACGUUUACAAAAAAUAUUUGAUGUUCCGCUUUUCGAUAAAAUAAAACAAACAAGGCCUGGUGAUCUGAAAAAAGUAAUUCCCAUUGAAGGAGAUAUUACAACAUCACAGCUAGGUUUAACGCCAGAAGACAAAAAGGUUUUGGCUGAUAAGGUUUCAUUAGUAUUUCACUCGGCUGCUACCGUCAGAUUCAUCGACAAAUUUCAAGAUAUGAUGAACAUCAAUGUAGAGGGAACACAACGAGUGAUAGAUUUGUCUCGGAGUUUAAAAAAUUUAGAAAAAUUCGUCUAUAUUUCGACCGCCUAUUCAAAUUCACAUAUCCAAUUAAUUGAUGAGAAGCUUUAUAUUCCUACGAAAGAAUUAUCCGCAGUCAGGCAAAUGAUACGCGACCAUGGGACAGAUGAUACGACAGUUAAUGAAUAUGUCGCGGAUGUUACUAAUACAUAUACCCUAUCUAAGGGGUUAUGUGAAGAACUAGUGAGGCAAAACAAAGAUUACUUACAGACUAUUAUAGUACGACCAUCAAUUGUUACUCCAAUGUACCACGAGCCGCUUCCGGGCUGGGUGGACAGUUGGGUGGCAGCUACAGCCGUCUUCAGUAACGUGUCCAGGGGUCUCAAUCCGUACCUUUAUAGCUCUGAGGACGUCGUUUGCGACCUUAUUCCCGUUGAUUACGUCGCAAAUUUAAUUAUCAUAGCCGGGGCUAAGGGAGCAAUAACGGAUGAUGUCUCCGUGUAUAAUAUAAACUCCAGUUCGGAAAAUCCGAUUACUUGGAAAUGUGGUUCUGAUUUAUAUUUAGAACAAAGCAAACGAUUGGGCUACUGUAAUAAGAGCAUGCGAGAAAUGAAGGUAUCAAAAUCAACAUUCGUAGUAAAUACAAUGACGUUUAUUCUGCAAACUGUACCUUGCUUCUUUGCUGAUGUCGGCCUGGUCUUAAGAGGCAAAAAACCUAGACACUUAAGAGAAGGUUUUCGUGCAUCUGUCCUAAAAGAUAUUAUUAGGCCAUUUACGUCAACAUCCUGGCUAAUUAAAUCGAAAAAGACCCUGGCAUUAAUCUCCACUCUGGAUGACCACGAUAAGAAGUUGUUCCCGUGUGACGUUAACAAUAUCGAUUGGAAGGAGUACAGCGCCAUAUUCUGCAGGGGCGUUCGGGAGUUUUUAUUGAAAGGAAAUUAAUAUUUAUUUAAAUUUUUUCAAACAUGUCCUUUGACUAUAAAAAAAUAUUUAACCAUUAUGUAGAGAAUUUCUAUACUUAAAGUGCUGAGCGCCUGGUCACUGAAAGAUUGGUUAACGCAAAGUUUUUGUUUUUGAGUAAAUUCGAAUGCGAUUACCGUAUCGCCUUUGGCCUCAGAAUUUCGCUUUAAACGUUCAAUUAACUCCAUGUAAAUGGCGCUUUAAGUAAAUUUAAAAUACGGCUGAUCGUAGGUUAUUAAACGCCAAUUAAUUUUAUUCUUAUUUUGGGUGUCUUCUGAUGAA